CAAUUACACGGCUAGUUAAUGUGAUGUGUGUAGAUGUUUCUGCCUCGAAUGUGCGCAGUGUUGUUUGUUUACAUUUGGGUUAGCUAGCCUGCUAGCCAGCUGCUUCUCCUGUCCGUCUGUCCGACACAAAUUGCCUUCAGUGCGCCCCUAAACAACGAGUUAACGUGAGCAGACUGCUUGCUUUCGCCGUAUGGCCGAAGCUGCUGCUAAGCAGUCUUUUGGAAGUACUUGAACAAACUUGCAGCUGGACGUGUUUUGUGGGGUCUUUUUUCACCACCAUCAUCCCAUCAGCACUGCACCCGCUAGCGUGCUAGUUAGCCAAGUUAGCUCUGCAGGUAUCCAUGCCAUAUAAUACAAAACGCACAGAAUCGUGGCUGUGCGAGCCAGCAUGGUGUUAGGUCUUCAGCCUCACACGGUGGGGUGAAGUACACAUGUUUUGUUUGAAUGAACUGAGCCGCCAGACGCUGCUGCGGCUCUGCUUAAUGAUGACUAGGACGCGCCGUCUGAACGCAGACUAGCUCACAACAGUCCGACGAAGCCCGUUGUUCCUGCAAGCGAUAACCUAAUAAAACACGGGCCGUCCCAGCGCCGCGAUCGCUGAAUGCAUUAUCCGCUUGGAUGCAUAUUAUUUCAGCCAAUUGUGGAUGGGAACCGUCAAAAUGGUCGAGGGAAGGGAAGGGAAGCCCUCCCCUUUACUGUCUACUUCCUGGAGUCCGAAGCGCUAUCGGCUAGAUAGAGCUGUUUACAGUGGGGGGGCGAAUACGUUUCCACAUUAUCUUGGCCUGUAGGUUAUGUCGCGAGUUCUGAGCCGGGAGCGUGAAAACAUAACAGCCGAGCUCCGUGGAUGCUGUAUGUAACAGUUCCGCCAUAAUGCGCAGGCGAUGCGAUCGGUGUAGAUUCGGAUGAACGCCUUAUCUCGCAGACAACAAGCCUGCUAUCAUGUUUGACAGCGGCGAAGCCAUCGGCGUUACAGUGCUGAAUCGGAGCGCUGUCUAAGAUUGCGGGAUUGUUUGAAGAGGAGAGCAAAUCGCAAACGAUUCGGGGGAAAAGUUGUGUAUCUGGGUGUUCUGUUGCUCUCGUCGUAGAGGACUUGAGAAUCACCGAUGGCGUCAAAUUCUCGAGUCUCCAUUCUGGAUUACUUCAAUAUUGUCUUUGAGGGGGAAAAUGGAAAAAUCGAGUCGAACUGCAAAGCCUGUGGCACACGGAUACAGGCCAAGCGGACAGUUACCUCUAACUUCGUUACACAUUUAAAGCGCAAACAUCAAGAAAUGUAUGAUGAGUUUCUGAGGAAGAAGGAUGUGAAGAGAGAGGCUUAUGCUUCGGGGACGGUGCAUACCUAUGCACCUAUGAGAGAUGCCAGUCGAACAGCUACUCAGAGCGGAUCGGGGACGGGCAAAUUUGACCGCAGCGAUCCACGACAGUCCCUCAUUUCUGAAACCAUUGCUAAGAUGAUCAUCCGAGACCUGCAGCCUGUGCAGAUUGUGGAGAACGAAGGCUUCCGUGAGCUGCUUCAGCUCCUCGAGCCACGUUACGUCCCAGAACCAAGCCAUUACAUACAGCAGCAGCUCCUCCCGGCGUACGCCUACCAAGUACAGGUAGCAACCAAGCUGGCUCUGUCAGGAGCAGAAUCGUGCAGCGUGACCUUGGACCUGUGGAGGAGCAAUGCUGUGUCGCUCAAUGGUGGUUCUGGCUACAUGGGAGUGACAUGCCAUUUCAUAACCACAGACUGGCAGAUCAAAUCAGCACUGUUGGCAUGUUUACCUUUGCCAAGUCAAUUUGACACUCAACGCAUGCUUAAUGACUUUGAUGAAAUCUCCCACGCUAACGGCAUCUCAGGUAGGGUGUUUCGGAUUGUUCUUGACCCCUCCUCCUAUGAAAGCCGAUCUGCUUUCCGCCUGCCUGGAUUCUACCUCCAUGGUAAUGGUGAUGUGGAUGAUGAGGAAGAGGAAGAUAGCAGUGAUGAGGAGACUGGCCCAGGGGUAGGUAAAGAAGAUGUUGGUGGAGCAGAGGAGGACAACUCUGUAAAUCAGUUCCUGGCUCGGUGUAGAAUAGACUGUUUUGCCCGCUCACUAGGUCAGUGCGUCCGAGAAGGAAUCCGUUCCUCCCCUCACUUAUCCAUAACACUCACCAAAGCUGCUUGCUUCUAUAACUACAUCAUCGCAACGGUGACUGCUGAAAAACUGGCCCAAGUGUUCAGUCCUGGAAAUGGACAAGGCCCUUCAGCUUCAGAUAGACACUGGAACACCCAACUUAAGACAAUGCGCCAAAUGCUAGAAUCUGUGGAUUUUUUGGAGGACAUAGUGGACAGAAACGACCUGGCCCUUAACAGUGUGGAGAAAGCCAUGCUGCGGGAGCUGGUUGAGGUCUUGGAGCCUUUUGAGGAGGCCACAGAUAUGGUUAAGGGAGACAAGCAUGUAUCCAUCAGCCUUGCCCUUCCUAGCGUGCUGGGUCUGCGUAAGCACCUGGCAGAGAUCGUAACUCACCAGUGCACUGGAAUCGUGACAGGAUUGUCUCAGGCACUGGACCGGAGGCUCACAGGCAUCCUGGAGGACCCUCUGUAUGUCACAGCUACUACCCUGGACCCACAGUUCAAGCUUUCGUGGAGCAGUGAUCGUGACUGGCACAAGCAGGUUCUCCUAGAGGAGGUGGGAAAGCACACCCAGGCAGUGAGUCCACCAGAACAGAGUUUAGAUACCCAGCCAUCACCAUCCAAACGCAGCAGGUUGUUCUCCUUCAUCAAGCAAAGACCAACCACGCAGGCCAAGAGUAUGGAGCAGGAGCUGUCUGCUUACCUGCUUGAGGAGCCCACAGAUGAGGAUCCACUGCAGUACUGGAAGCGCAAGUCCAUUGACUUCCCUUUGCUAUCACAAGUUGCCAAGAAAGUGUUUACAGUGCCAGCUACAGCUACAACCGUGGAAAGGAUAUUCAGUGUUGUGGGCAAAACCCUAAGACCAGAACGCUGCCGGCCCCUUCCAAAGAACUUAGAGACUCUAAUUUACUUAAAGGCCAAUUAUAGUAUACUGUGGUCCUAACAAAAUUAAAGGGCAUCUUUACAGGUUACUGACAAUAGCUUUAUAGAAAUUGGGAUUUUUUUUUAAAUGGAAGAUGCCUCAAAUCCCAAAAGCAGCUUGUGCCUGUAACAUCCGAGUAUUCAAACUGUAGAAUUACCCAAAGGAACAUCAAACUGUCUUUUUUGUCUGGGUAUAUAUAUAUAUAUAUAUAUAUAUACACACACACACACACACACACACACACACACACACACACACACACACACUAAAUAUAUUUAUAGAUGCGUAUAUUUACACAUUAAUUACAAUGUAGUUUAGAUUUUUUUUGUUGUACUAGCUGAUACUUUUAUUGCUUUAGUUAUGUGGCAUGUUUUACACAUAUAAUUCUCAUUCUCAUGUUCUUUCUACUUGCGCUUCACCUCAAUGUUAUGAUAUCCAAAUAAAUAAGAGUUCACAACAAAAGCAUAGCCCCGCUUUUAUUUUCUUAUCAGGCAUGAUGCAGUGGCCAAAGGCAGGAUGCUGUUCACAACUUAAUUGAUUUCCUCAAAUUUUGUAUUAUUGCUGACUUCCAGGCAAAGAAAAACAAAAUCGUACCACUUCCCUGUUGAUACAACCU